AGCAGACGAACAUUCCUGGCUUGAUAUUUGUAAAUGGCUGGAGCGGCGUUUGCAUUGAGCUUUCGGCGAAGUUUAGCUAAAGCAUGGGGAACGAAAAGCCUGCACACACUCGCAUUCGAAACACCUCAGUGUCUUCGUCCUGCACCUGCACUUCUCUCCUUCUCUCACUCAUUUUAUAGUACAAAGAAUAUGGGUUAUCCAACUAUCAAGUUGUCUUCGGGUAACGAAAUGCCCAUCCUUGGGCUUGGAACAUGGCUGUCUACCAACGAAAAUGAGCUUACUGCUGCGUUGAAGGCUGCUCUCGACUGUGGCUAUCGCUUAAUCGAUACGGCAUUCGUCUAUGGAAAUGAAGCCGUUAUCGGAAAAGUGCUGCAUGAAUACUUUACGAAUGGGAAACUCAAAAGAGAAGAUAUAUUCAUUACUUCAAAGCUUCCUCUUACUGCACAUGCUCCAGCAGAUGUUGAAAAAGUUUUGAAAAUGCAGUUGGAUGCGCUACAACUGGAAUAUCUCGAUUUAUAUCUUGUGCAUUGCCCUGUGCCUUUUCAGAAGCAAGGUGACACUUUUGACCUUGCAUUUGUGGAUGGCAUGCAAGUACCACUAACUAUCGACCAUGUCGAAACUUGGCAUGCUAUGGAAAAGCUCUACGAUGCCGGAAAAGUCAAGGCUUUGGGACUGUCAAAUUUCAACACCAAACAGGUGCAGAACGUUUAUGACCAUGCACGAAUUAAGCCUUCUAAUCUCCAGGUCGAAUGCCAUCUGUAUUGGCCACAAACGGAGUUGUUUCAACUCUGUAAGAAGCUGAAUAUGUCACUGACGGCUUAUGGCCCGUUAGGAUCCCGAGGCAGAACUGUUUUCAACGAGAAGAUGAUAUGGCCCGAAGGUGACCCGCUGACGGAUCCGUUAGUGAAAGAAUUCGCUGAGAAGUACAAGAAAACCACGGCACAGGUUUUGUUGCGCCAUCUCAUCCAGCGCGGGAUCGCAGUCAUUCCGAAAAGUGUUAAGCCAGAACGUGUGAAGGAAAAUUUUAAUGUAUUCGACUUUACUCUGAGUGCACAGGAAAUGGAAAAACUUGACAGUAUCAAAAAGAGGACGAGACUGUUUUUGUUCGAUUUCGCAAUUAAACAUCCGUUCUAUCCAUUCGAGGAUGUCGACAAAUCGAAAGUACCCGUGGUCUCGCUACAAGCUAAAUGAGCGAAUAGAUCACUACGUAAGACUGUUACAUUUACCAUGUUACUGUUGAAGCAUAGU